CCUGGUGAGCUGGGCUGGCUGUCCAUGGCCAGCCGCGAGGACCUGAUGAAGAUGGUGCGGCCGCCCUACUCGUACUCGGCGCUCAUCGCCAUGGCCAUCCAGAACGCGCCCGAGCGCAAACUCACGCUCAGCCACAUCUACCAGUUCGUAGCCGACAGCUUCCCCUUCUACCAGCGCAGCAAGGCCGGCUGGCAGAACUCCAUCCGCCACAAUCUGUCGCUCAACGAUUGCUUCAAGAAGGUGCCCCGCGACGAGGAUGAUCCAGGAAAAGGUAAUUACUGGACUCUGGAUCCCAACUGUGAGAAAAUGUUUGACAAUGGGAACUUCCGUAGGAAGCGCAAGCGCCGCACAGAGGCCAACAACAGCUCCACAGUGGCUGCCAGGACACCAAAAUCGGAAGAAGGGCUGACCUCAGGACUGGGAGCUGGGGUUGGGGGGAAGCCUGAGGGAGACAGUCCCUCCUCUCUGCUGAGGCCUUCACAGUCCCCAGAGCCACCUGAAGGCACCAAGAGCACUGCCUCAUCCCCAGGAGCCUCUGCGCUCACCUCCACCCCAUGCCUCAGCACCUUCUUUAGUAACCUCAGCACCUUGAGCAGUAAUGGUGGCAAUGGCAGCAGCAGUGGGAACAGCCAGCGUGUCCCAUCCAGCAGCCGCCACCCCGGGAUCCAAGGGGCCCCACUGCCCUCCAACAACACAUAUCCCACUACCAACCUUCCCGAGGCUUCCACAGAUACUUUGCAGCUAAGCAAUGGCCUCAGCCCUGGCAGUGGCCAGAGAUCUUCCUACUAUAGCCCUUUCCCUGCCAGCACCAGCGGAGGCCAAAGCAACCCCUUCAGCAGCCCCUUCUACAACUUCAGCAUGGUCAACAGCCUCAUCUACUCCCGAGAGGGCUCUGAGGUGUAGGCCAUGGGACCAGACUUUGCAGUGCACAGCU